CGUGCGCAGAGGGCGCGUGCGAGAGGGCGGGAAAAGACAAGAUGGAACGACAGGGAGUGGACAUGCCCCUCGCCCAAUGCAAGGACCAGGAGCCGCGGCCGCUGGGGGCGAGCAGGGAGCAGCAGCGGGGAGAGGAGAGCUGCGAAAAGGAAGCUGGUUGGGAGCCAGCUAGAAGUCAGGUUUCUAGCCCUUCUAUCGCCACCUCCAGUGCCAAUAGCCAGCUGAUGAUGCUGGAAGGGAAGUCAGGACCCUACUUUUCUUCUCUGGACUCGAGCAUUGAGAUCCUGAAGAAGAGGGCCCAGGAGCUGAUCGAAAGCAUCAAUGAGAGCAGGCAGAAGGACCAUGUGCUCAUGACCAACUUCAGGGACAGCCUCAAGAUCAAGAUUUCAGAUCUGACAGAGAAGUUAGAGGAGAGGCUGUAUCUACUUUAUAAUCACCACAACAAGAUCAUUCAGGAAAAGCUCCAAGAGUUCACCCAGAAAAUGGCAAAGAUCAGCCACUUGGAAACAGAGCUCAAACAAGUGUGCCAAACUGUGGAGACCGUGUACAAAGACUUCCAAGACCUGUGUGUCCAGCCAGAGGCUACCUCUUUGGAAGAAGAGCAAACGCACAAAGAUGGCGAAUGCUGACAGCGUCUGAGAGUGACAGCCACCAAGAGAAAGUUCAGAGGCCACCAUUCUGGCCGCCCUGAGGAAAUUGUUUUUCUAUAACAGUUCUAUAAUGCAUCUUGGCAAAA